GCGACAAGGUCAGCAAGGGCACAAAGCGCCUCCAUGAAGACGACGGAGACGCUCACAGGCGCGAUGAGGGGGCCAAUGUGCAGCCUUUGGACGUAUUGUCCAUGCAGCAGCUGCUGGAGUCCAUGGGCGCCGACAAAUUCGAGCCGCGCGUCGUGGCGCAGCUCCAGGAAUUCGUUCACCGUUACGUGACAGAGAUCCUCGUGGACGCUCAGGAGUACUCCAUGUACGCGGACAAACAGACAAUCGACGCGGACGAUAUCCGGUUGGCUAUUUCGUCGCGAUUGAAUCACCACUAUGCUCAAGUGCCGCCCCGGGAGCUGAUGAUGGAGUUGGCAGACAAGCGCAACAGUAUCCCACUACCGCCGAUCUCUAACGAGUAUGGUGUGAGACUCCCGCCACUGCAAUAUCAAUUGGUGACGAAGGAGAGUGAUCGACACGAACCGAAAACACCGAACACACCUCGUCUAGGGGAUACUUCGGGCUUGGGGGGUGGGCUGAGAGGAGAGGCAGCCAGGCCGCCCAUUCAUCCUCGCAUCGAGGGCUCCCGCAACAAAAAGUAUGCUCGCAGACCUAUUCCUAUCAACCUUAACUCGAACAUGUAAGUGUUAUAGCCUGAUAGCAGCAUCCACGUUAAGGAAAAUCUCUUUU